CUUGCAACUGCGAACCGUUCCGACUCACGACGACCGAACGUCCGCCAGCAUUGCCCUCCUCCGGCGAAUCCGCAACGAUGGCGGCCGCGGCGACGAAGCACAUACAGCUGGCGCUGGCGCUGCCCGCGCGACUGCGCACAUUCCUCGCGCGGUACCCGCCCCCCUCGAUCCUGCCCGCGGGCGCCAACCCCGAGACGUACAAGACGGCCUACCAAGAGGAGACGCCGAACCCGUUCCUGCCCAUGAAGCACCCCGUCACCGGGCGGUGGCACGAGCCGAAGUACUCGCUGCGCCGCCAGGCCGAGCUCGUCAAGAUGGCCCGGGAGCACGGCGUCGAGGAGCUGUUGCCAUACACGCCCAAGGGCACCGAGACGAGGCUGCGCAAGAGGGUCGAGCUGGGUCUGCGCGUCAAGGGUACCGGUGUCGGCCAGAAGGUCAAAGGCCACAAGCAUGAGAGGCAAUUGGCCGCAAAGAUGGAGAAGAGGAGACAGGCCAUGUUGGAGAUGCCAGCGCUCAUCAGGGAAUGGAAGGAGGUUGGGAAACGGAACUGGACCAAGUUCCCGAAAUAAGCGGCCACAGGCCGUGUACGAGGACUGCGAUGUGUUUAGACUGUACCAUUACCAAUGUACAACAUUCCAAGCUCUGGGACUCCCAUGACGUGAAUUUGCUUCUUCGCGACGCACACACCAUGUGCCAUAUCUUCUUUUUCUUCAUCCUGUCCUGGCUUGGGUGUCGGUCAUGCUCCGAGUUCUCGCACUUCGCUGUUAUUGGGCGAUCAGCCGAAUGCCAAGUGAGCAACAACCGUCACUCAC